AUGUUGAGAAACUUAAGCUUUAUGUUGAGUGGCUGCUUAGUUUUGACUGCAAUAUUUGCGUAUUCUGUGGAUAAGAAACCCAUCACAGAAUCCUGCUUGACCUGCAUGUGUGAGGCAUUAAGUGGUUGCAAUGAUACUGCGAUUUGUGUGAAUGGAGCAUGUGGAAUCUUUCGACUCACCUGGGAUCAGUGGGUCGAUUGUGGACGCUUGACACUGGCCGGAGAAUCGCCCUUAUCAGAAAGCUCAUUCAUAAACUGUGCAAAUGAUCCACAUUGUGCGGCGGACUCCCUGCAGAACUAUAUGGUUAAGUAUGGCCAGGACUGCAAUAAUGAUGACAAGGAGGAUUGCCUGGACUAUAAUGCCAUUCACUACAUGGGCCCAUUCAGUUGUCGCAAGCAUAUGCCCUUUAACUAUGAGCACACCUUCAAAAAGUGCAUCAAGCAAGUGCAACGUGAGGAAGAAGAGAAGCAGCAGCAGCAGAAACAACAACAAGAGCAAAAACAACCGGCUUGAA